AUGACUACAGUCCAUGCCAUCACUGUCAUCCAGAAGACUGUGGAUGGCCCCUCUGGAAAGCUGUGGCAUGAUACCCAUGGAGCUGCCCAGAACAUCAUCCCUGCAUCUACUGGUGCUGCCAAGGCCAUAGGUAAGGUCAUCCCUGAACUGAAUGGGAAACUUACCGGCAUGGCUUUUCGUGUCCCCACCCCUAAUGUGUCAGUAGUGGAGCUGACCUGCCGACUGGAGAAAGCUGCCAAAAAUGGUGACAUCAAGAAAGUAGCAAAGCAGACAUCAGAAGGGCCCCUCAAGGGCAUCCUGAGAUACACUGAAGACCAGGUUGUCUCCUGUGACUUUAACAGUGACACCCACUCUUCCACUUUUGAUGCUGAGGCUGGCAUUGCUCUGAACGACCACUUUGUCAAACUCAUUUCCUGGGCGGCUGUCACCGUAGGACUGUCCAGUGACGCCGACCCCCGGGGCGCACGGAGCGACAACCACCCCAGCAGACCUGCCGGUCCCAGACGCGCAGCGGGGCGCUGGCAAGGCUGUUCCUCCGCCCGAGUCGCCCCUCGUCCCCGCCCCGGGAGUCCUGCGCCCCUCACCACGGUGGCCGGCCGGGGGCGCCCCGAGCGCGCAGCUCUUGAACAGACCGAGUCCUCCCCGCAGCCUGGGCGUCGCCUGCUCCCUGAGACGCCCCGGGAGCCCACGGAGGGUCCCCCCGGUGUGCUCCGAGCUUCACAGGACUUUCCUCCCCGGUCCCGCCGCGCGCUGAGAAAAAGAAAGCACCCCGGGCGCGUGUCCCGCAACCCCACAACUCGCAGCCAGGGCGCCGCCGGGCCCCUAAGAUCCGGACGCGGCGGGACAGAGCCCGGGAAGUGGCAACUUUCUCCGCGGACGCGGCCGUGGCGGGGAGGGUGCCGAGGGGAGCGCGCGCCCGAGCCCGAUGCCUCCAGGACCGGGACCCCCACCGGCUCCGCGACCCCGACCAGAGCGCACGACGCCUCCGCGCGCCUUUGUACCAGCGCCGUCACUCACCUGGCUGCUGGGGCUCCGCGCGGCUACUGCGCCCGCGCCCGGCGAGCUGGAAGCGGCACGGCUGUGCGCGCUCCGCCCGGCGAGUCGACAGCGUGCCCGGCUCUGCGCGAUCCGCCCGGCGCGGCCGCUGCUCCAGCCACCCGGCCCUUGCGCCCCCGGCGGCUCGGCUCGUGGCUUCGGCGGCAGCUCUGUCGGGGCGGCCCCUUCCUCCCGUCACCCCGCCCUUGCCCCACCCCCGGCACUCACCGCGCACACCCACCCCGGCGCCCGCCACGCGCCAAUCCCGGGCCGCCCGCCGAGCCCGCACUGUGGGGCCUUCUGCUCUUGGGCUUCUCCCGGGACUUGCUUUGGGACGAUCCACUCCUGCCAAGGCCGGAUCAAGGAGCCGCCAGAAAACGCCCACUAAGGGCUGCAAACGCGACCAAGCCCCUUCCCUACCCUCUGUGA